CCCGCCCCCCGGGGAGCUGCCACUCAAGAGGCUCCUGACCGGGAACUGCCUGGUCAGCUGUGUCCGGCGGAGGCAGCUGCGGACCCAGCUGGAGACUGUGUCGGGAGCAGAGGGGAAACGGAGGACCUGGGGUCCUUGGUUCCCCGGGAGGGGUGGGGUGCUGCUGCACCAUGGACCACCUCCGGGCUGCCCUGUGGCCACGAGUUGGACUCCUCUGUCUCCUGUUUGCUGGGGCAGCCCGGGCUCCCCAACUCAGUCUCCCGGACCCCAAGUUUGAGAGUAAAGCUGCCCUGCUGGCGGCCCGCGGGAUGGAAGACCUCGUGUGCUUCACCGAGCGCCUGGAGGACUUGCUGUGCUUCUGGGAAGAGGCGGCCAGCUCGGGGGUCAACUACAACUUCUCCUACCAGCUGGAGGGUGAACCCUGGAAGCCGUGUGGCCUGCAUCGGACACCCACCGCCCGAGGCUCGGUGCGCUACUGGUGCUCGCUGCCCACCGCCGACACGUCCAGCUUCGUGCCGCUGGAGCUCCGCGUCGUCACGGCCUCGGGCGCCCUGCGUUACCAGCGCGUCAUCCACAUCAACGAAGUGGUGCUGCUGGACGCCCCGGCGGACCUGCGGGCCCGCAGGGCGGAGGAGGGCAGCCACGCGGUGCUGCGCUGGCUCCCGCCGCCCGGAGCACCCAUGACGACCCACAUUCGCUACGAGGUGGAUGUCUCCGCCGGCAGCAGCGCAGGGGGCGCGCAGAGGGUGGAAAUCCUGGAAGGCCGCACGGAGUGCGUGCUGAGCAACCUGCGCGGUGCCACGCCGUACACCUUCGCCGUCCGCGCGCGCAUGGCGGAGCCCAGUUUCGGGGGCUUCUGGAGCGCCUGGUCGGAGCCCGCGUCCUUGCUGACAGCUAGCGACCUGGACCCCCUCAUCCUGACCCUGUCCGUCAUCCUCGUGCUCAUCCUGGCGCUGCUGGCCGUGCUCGCCCUGCUGUCCCACCGCCGGUCUCUGAAGCAAAAGAUUUGGCCUGGUAUCCCCAGUCCAGAGAGCGAAUUUGAGGGUCUCUUCACCACCCACAAGGGUAACUUCCAGCUCUGGCUGUCGCAAAAUGAUGGCUGCCUGUGGUGGAACCCUUUCACCCCCUUCCCAGAGGACCCCCCUGUCCAUCUGGAGGUCCUCUCAGAACGCUGCUGGGGGGUGAGCCAGACGGUGGAGCUGGCGCCAGGGGAUGAGGGCCCCCUGCUGGAGCCGGUGGGCACUGAGCACACCCAGGACUCUUACCUGGUGCUGGACAAGUGGUUGGUACCCAGAAGCCCUUGCAGCGAGCCCCUCCCCGGCCCUGGUGGCAGCGGGGACAUGGAGGCAGUAGAUGAAGGCUCAGAAGCCUCCUCUUGCUCAUCUGACGUGGCCUUGAAGCCCAGGCUGGAGGGUGCCCUGGUGGCCAGUUUUGAGUACACCAUCCUGGACCCCAGCUCCCAGCUCUUGCGCCCGAGGACACCAAGGCCUGCACUGCCUCCCACCCCACCCCACCUGAAAUACCUGUACCUCGUGGUGUCUGACUCAGGAAUCUCAACUGAUUAUAGUUCUGGGAGCUCCCAGGGAGCCCACGGGGACUCCUCUGAUGGCCCCUACUGUCACCCAUAUGAGAACAGCCUCACCCCAGCGACGGAACCUCGGCACCCCAACUACGUGGCUUGUUCUUAGGACUCCAGCCUGCAGAGGCUCAGUAUGGCCCAAUAUGGCCCCCAAGACCAGUCCAGGCGGGGACUGGGGAGCCAUCUCCAGGAUGAAAGAUACUUGGCUUCUGUCCAGCCCACCCUGCUCAGGUGGCCACACUCUUGCAGUGUGUGAAAAGAUGUACAGUUUCCUUCUUGUGUACAUAUGUGUAAAUAUACAUACAUAUAUGUGCA